AUGAACUAUGUGGCAGGUCUAGAACCACGAGCUCAUGGUCUGUUUGCAGCAGGCGAUUCCCAGCGAGAUGCCCAGGAAGCCUACAGUUUCAUUGUGGACCGUUUAGUGAAGGAAGAUGAAAAGCUGUUGGACAUGUUGCAGGGAUGGAAGCAGAUAGAACUUUUUUGCGACAAGUGUGAUACUCGGCAAGAGCAGUGGGAGCCGUUCUUCUUCCUCGACUUGGAGAUCAGCGGCGAAAGCUUGCAGGAAAUCCAACACAUGUCGAGUCAAAGCUCGCUGUUCAGCAUUGUGGCCCUGCAGCCAGGAGUGUCUCGAUGCCUACAGGAAGGAAGACAUGCAUGA